UCCUUCCUCACUAAGGGGAGGGGAGAGGUGUUCUGGCCGGGCAGGGUGGGAAGGGGUGCUUGGGUGGGAUUGUGACAUAAGAUUGCCCUGGUAGCAUGGAGCAGAUCUGGACCUCAGCCUAAUAAAGGUGACAUAACUAAAGGUGUCAUAAAGACAGGGCGGGGCGCACGCUCAUAAAGGGCAUGAGCAUCUCCGGGCUGCCAGAAUGGCUCCCAUCGAGUGCGCAGCACCAGCCUGUGUCAUGUCUUGGCUGUGUUUCUGGGGCCCGUGGCCCCUCGUUACGUGGCAACUAUUGGGUCUGCUAGUCAAGGAUGCUCAGCCUCUGGUGUGGGUCAAGGACCCUCUCCAGCUGACCUCUAACCCCAUGGGGCCACCUGAGCCCUGGUCUUCCCGCUCCUCCCAUCUCCCGUGGGAAUCUCCCCAUGCACUUGCUCCCCCAGCAGCCCCGGGGGACUUUGAUUACCUGGGGCCCUCUGCUUCUUCGCAGAUGUCAGCCCUGCCCCAGGAAUCGACUGAACAUUUGCCUCCAUUCCUGGACACGGAUUCAGCUGGAGAGCUGCCUCUGGGGCCCGAGCAGUUCUUGGCUGCACAGCAGGAUUUAAAUGACAAGCUGACUCCGCAAGAAAGGCGCCCAGAGGUGCUUCCACUGCUGGAUGGGGAUCAGAACCAGGCCACAGUUCAGCUUCCUCGCCUCAAAAAUAAGGUUCAAACUGCAGAUCUAGAUCGGGCUGCAGGUCAUCAGGCAGAUGAUAUACUUGUUCCACUACACAGUAAGGUUUCAAAACCAACCAAAUUUGUUGUUUCGCCCAAGAACCUGAAGAAAAAUCUAGCUGAGCAUUGGAGCCUUGCUGAGAUUAUUGGGAUUCCACACCAAUUAUCCAAACCUCAGCGUCAGAAACAGACUUUGCAGGAUGAAUAUUUGAGUAUGGACACACUGUAUCCCAGCAGCCUGCCUCCAGAACUCCGGGUGAACGCAGAUGAGCCUCCAGGGCCACCUGAGCAAGUUGGACUUUCUCAAUUCCAUCUAGAGCCCAAAACUCAAAAUGCAGAGACCCUGGAAGACAUUCAGUCCUCUUCACUCCAGGAAGAAGCCUCAGUACAGCUUCCACAGCUCCCUCAGGAGGUAGAACCUUCAACCCAGCAGGAGUCCCCAGCUCUGCCUCCAGAGUCCUCUAUAGAGAGUCUAGCUCAAACUCCACUGAAUCAUGAAGUGACAGUUCAACCUCCAGGUGAGGAUCAAGCUCAUUACAACUUGCCCAACAUUACCAUUAAACCUACCAUGACUUCAGAGCCCCAAAAUGAGGCAGAAUCUGCCCAAGCCCAGAAGGAGGCCAAAAUUCAGGCUCCAGAGGAGGUGGAACCUUCUGCAACCCAACAGGAGGCCCCAACUGAGCCACCAGGUCCUCCCAUGGAGGCUGAACUUUCCCCCAGUGAGCAGGAGCAGCCAGCUCAGCCUUCUGAGUCUUCUGGGGAGGUUGAAUCUUCUCCAGCCCAGCGGGAGGCCCCAGCUCAGCCCUUAAUGUCCCCUGAGCAGUUUCAACGUUUGAAAGACCAGCAAGACAUAAUUCAGCAGCUAAGUAGACCUGAAAAUUAUGAACUUCCUCCAGUCCGUAAAGAGACCACAACUCAGCCUCCAUCUCAGCUCUCCCCAGACUUUGGAAGUUCACUGAAUGAUGAAGCAAUAGGUUCACCUCUAGAUGUGUCAUAUCUAGAUCUAGAUAGGGAGCUUACCAAACCUACAGCAGUCACUAUGGGGGUAGAACCUUCUCCAGCCCAGCAGGACAACCCUCCUAUUCUCGUUGAACAGGCUGACUUUUCUCUAGCCCAGCCUGAUCUCCCUUCCCUGCCUCUGCAUUCUCCUGAAAAGAUUGAAUCUCCAGUCCACCAAGAGGCCACAGCUCAGACUCUAGAUCCCCCUAAGGAGGCAGACCCUUCUCCAGUCCAGCAAGGGCUCCCAGCUGAGCCACCAGAGCCCCAUAAGGAGGUUGAACCAUCUGCAACCCAGCAGGAAGCCUCGGGUCAUCCUCGCAAGUCCACUGUAGAGGUCAGUCCACCACAGUGGGAGAUAGCAGCUCAGCCAUCAGAGCCACCUGAGAAGGUCAAACCAUCUCCAGUCCUACAGCAGGCCCCAACUCGGCUUUUAAAGCCACCUAAAGAGGUAGAAUCCUCUCCAGUCCAGCAGGCAGUCCCUGCUCAGUCUUCAGACCCUGCUAUGGUGACAGAACCCUCUCUGACCCAGCAGAUGGCCCCAUCUUUGCCUCCAGAGUUCCCUCAGGAGGUAGAACCAUCUGUAACUCAGCAGGAGGUUCCAGCUCAGAUUCCAGAGCCCCCUAUGGAGGCAGAACCUUCUCUGACCAAGCAGGAGGCCACAGUUCAGGCUCCAGAGUCCCCUAAGGAGGUAGAACCUUCAAGGCAGCAAAUGGUCCCAGUUCAGCUUCCAGAGCCACCUAAGGAAGUUGCUGCUCAACCUCCAGCUCAUUAUGAGGUGACAGUCCCAACACCAGGCCAGGAUCCAGCUCAGCACUCAACAUUGCCCAGUGUCACUGUUCAACCUUUGGGCCUGGGACUUUUCAUCAUUCCAGAAUCCAUGAUAGAGGUUGAACUUUCUCCAACCAUGCAGGAGACCCCAACUCAGCCUCCUAAGAAAGUUCUACCCCAACUUGAGGUUAAACCAUCUCCAACCACGGAGGAAACCUCAGCUCAGCCUCCAGACCCGGGGCUUGCCAUAACUCCAGAACCCACUCCAGAGAUUGGACAUUCCACAGUCCUGGAGAAGACUACAGCUCCUCGUCCAGACCAGGUUCAGACUCUGCAUCGAAGCCUGACGGAGGUCACAGGUCCACCUACAAAGUUAGAAUCUUCGCAGGAUUCAUUGGUGCAGUCUGAAACUGCACUAGAGGAACAGAAGGCCUCCACAAGCACCAACAUGUGUGAGCUCUGUACCUGCGGAGAUGAGACUCUGUCAUGUGUUGAUCUCAGCCCAAAGCAGAGGCUCUACCAAGUGCCUGUGCCAGAGCCCAACACCUACAAUGGCAUCUUGACCACCUUAAAUUUCCAAGGAAACUAUAUUUCAUACAUUGAUGGAAAUGUAUGGAAAGCAUACAGUUGGACCAAGAAACUAAUUCUCAGUGAAAAUUAUUUGACUGAAUUACAUAACGAUUCAUUUGAAGGCCUGCUAUACCUCCAGUAUUUAGAUUUAUCCUGCAAUACAAUACAACAUAUUGAAAGACGUACAUUUGAAUCACUACCAUUUUUGCAGUAUAUAGAUCUGGGCUGCAAUUUAAUUACGGAACUGAGGCAUGGAGCAUUUCAGGCCUGGCACGGAAUGCAGUUUUUACACAACUUAAUUCUCAAUCGCAAUCCUCUGACUGCUGUCGAAGAUCCAUAUCUCUUUGAACUGCCGGCAUUAAAAUAUCUAGACAUGGGAACAACGCACAUCACACUUACAACACUCAAGAACAUUCUCACGAUGACUGUUGAACUGGAAAAACUGGGGUCCUGGAGCCAAUCCCCUGCAGACACCGAGGGACAACUCUUCACUCCUUUCUAUUGCUCAGUAAUAUUCCAGUUGUGUGGAUGUAUCAAUUUGUUUAUCCAUUCAUCAAUGUAUGGACAUUUGGGUAGCUUCCAGUUUUUUGCAAUUAUGAAUAAAACUGCUAGAAACACUCAUAUACAGGUCUUUGUGUGAACCUAUGUUUUCAUUUCUUUGGGUAAAUACCUGGGAGUCGGAUUGUUCACAUGCUUAAUGUAUAUUUAACUUUUUAAGAAACUGCUAAACUGUUCCUAAAGUGGCUGUGCCAUUUUACAUUUCCACCAGCAUUGUGUGAGAGUCACAGUUGUUUCACAUCUUCAGCAUUUUUUUUUUUUUUUUUUUUUUUUUUUUUGCAACACAGUCUUGCUCUAUCCCCAGGCUAGAGUACAGUGGUGCCAUCUCGGCUCACUGCAACCUCUACCUCACGAGUUCAAAGAGUUCUCCUGCCUCAGCCUCCCAAGUAGCUGUAGGCACCCGCCACCACACCCAGCUAAUUUUUAUAUUUUUAGUAGAGACAGGGUUUCACCAUGUUGGCCAGGCUGGUCUUGAACUCCUGACCUCAAUUGAUCCACACCCCCUGGCCUCCCAAAGUGCUGUGGUUACAGGCGUGAGCCACCAUGUCCGGCCCAGCAGAUGUUUUUUUGAGACGGAGUUGUUGCUGGAGUGCAGCAGCAAGGUCUCAGCUCACUGCAACCUCGGCCUCCCAGGUUCAAGCGAUUCUCCUCCCUCAGCCUCCUGAGUAACUGGGAUUAUAGCCACACACCACCAUGCCCAGCUAAUUUUUAUAUUUUUAGUAGAGAUGGGGUUUCGUCUUGUCAGCCAGUCUGGUCUCAAACUCCUGGCCUCACUUGAUCCACCUGCCUUGGCUUCCCAAAGUGCUGGGAUUACAGGCAUGAGCCACCAUGCAUGGCCCAGCCCAGCAGAUUCUUAUAUUUGAGUUUUUAAAAAAAUGUUCACCUUUCUACUGCUAGAUGUGUAGUGGAAUCUCAUUGUGGCUUUA